AUGGGCAGCACAGUGUCUGCACUUGUGUUCCAGCCGCCGCCUGCCACUUAUGGAUACACGCGCCGCUACUUCUUCAUUGUGACGGCCAUGCACAACCGGAUUCCAGCAUACUAUAUUCCAUGCGAUAAGGCUGAAUACACCGUUCUCUUCUCUCAUGGCAACGCAGAAGAUUUAGGGAUAAUUUACGAUUGGUUUUGUAUAGUAAGCAGGAGACUUCAGGCCAACGUAAUGUCGUACGACUACUCCGGUUAUGGCAUCAGCGAAGGUGAGCCUAGUGAGGAAGCUUGUGUGGCGGAUGCCGAAGCUGCGUUUGCUUACCUCGUCAAUGUGAAGAAAAUUCCACCUUGCAAAAUCAUCUUAUACGGACGGUCACUUGGUUCUGGACCAACAACACACCUUGCAGCUAAGCAAUCAAAUCUGGGACAGCCCGUAGCAGGCGUAAUCCUCCAGAGUCCUGUGCUCUCCAUGUUUCGUGUGGUCUUUAAUUUCCGCUAUACAUUUCCAGGUGAUUUAUUCUGCAAUAUCGACAUCAUCGAUCAAGUACAGUCGCCCGUGACGAUUAUUCACGGCACUCGAGACGAAGUCGUGCCCUUCUGGCACGGCGAAGGACUGUUCAAACUCUGCCACCAGGAAUGGAGGUGCAAACCGUUGUGGGUCGUCAAUGCAGGCCACAACAACAUUGAAGCCUAUCUUAGCACGUUGGGCGACGAUUUUUUUCAACAUCUGAUUGAGUUUGUCCAGGUGUGCCAUGCGACAGCCAUGAUUCGAGCUGCAGAGAUGAAGAAAUCGACGACUGGUAAAACGGUAUGA